AUGUCGAUUGAGAAGCACAUGCAUCUAAAGUACAAGAGUGGGCACUGUUGGAGUCAGUACCUCAAGAUGUGUCUCUUUCAUAACACUCUUAUUAUACCUGAGUGUGUUGCUAACCCCUCUCACGAGAAAAGGCUGAAAGAAAGGUUGAUGACUGCCGUAGAUUCUCUUCUGAAACAAGAAACACCAUCGAUCUGUGGUACACCACAGAAAGAAAUUGCAGCAGCUCCUAAAGCUACCAGAAAAGAAAGCACAGUAGAUGGUGUCUCAAAGUCAGCCAAUAUAACCAGGGACAUUGUCUGUGCCCCAGCAGCCAAGCAAGUACACCAGGAAGUUAAAUCCACAAACAGAAGAGUCGUACCUGAACCCCUAGUGAAGUUGGACAGAGGUCAAGUUCCAACACAACCUAAGACGACACCAACAAACCACUCUGCAAGAAGUCAGUCGAGGUGGCCAGUCACCACACCUUCCUUCUCCCAAGCCACAGCUGGUUCUCAAGAUGAUUACAAUAAGUCUGUCAGGCUGAAUUUUCCAACAUCUUAUAACCGUGAUGUUCCAAAAUCUUUCAUACACGAAGGGAAUGGACCAAACACGACUGAUUUUCCUACUCUUGAGGAAACAAAAAAUGUGCGAGUGUCAAAAAGACAGAGAAGAUCAACUACAUCUUCCCAGCAAGAUGUUGAAGGAGUUGCAGUGGAAAACACAAAAUAUUUCUUUCAAUAUGGGGACAAAUUGGAUGAGCGGAUAUUUCACGGGCCACUAACACUGGAGAACUACAAGAAAAGAUUCCAUCACUUGCUCUGUUGGGAGGAAAAGGAGCAUGUGUCAAUUCUUUCUGAGAGAAUUGAGUGUGAUGUGGUAUUCGAACUCAAACAUUCUUACUUUAAUCGCCAACAUGAAGCCCUUGAAGCACUUCCAAAUGAUGUAAUUCAGAAACUCUUACCCAGUAGGAGAGCAGGAAGCAGUUCUCCUCAGAGAAUGAAUAUAGGUAAGUGUAACUUAGAGCUUGACAGUUCUGGGCAGAUGCAAGCAUUAACUGGAAUCCUUCAGCAGCGCUCUACUCCACUUAUUAUAGCUGGACCUUUUGGAACCGGGAAAACACGUGUUUUAGCUCGAGCUGCAUACGAAUUGAUAAAACAAGAUCAGAGAAACAUUAUACUGAUAUGUACUCAUCAUCAGCACUCUGCAGACACAUUCAUAGAGUACUUUCAAUCACUUCAGGAAGAGAACCGGCAAUUUCACAACAUCAAAAUUGUACGUAUUUCAACAUCCCAGUAUCACUCCAGGGUUAAAAUGAAGUAUGGACAUUACUACGGUAGUGUUAAAGCAGUUUCAUUAUGUGCUCCCGAAAUAAUUGUUUCUACUCUGGGUCUGUCGCAUCAUUUGAGGAUCAAAAAUAUCACACACAUAUUAAUUGAUGAGGCUGCACAAACAAGAGAAACUGAAGCUAUUAUUCCACUUCAGCAUGCUGGACCUCACACCAAGAUUGUCCUGGCUGGAGAUCAUUGUCAGGUUGGUCCAAAUGUGUUAGUGCUUGGUGAAGAGGCAAGGAGAAAUGGGCUCUCUACUUCAUUACUAGAACGUCUUCACAACCACUUCAGUGCAGAUGAACAAAAGUCAUGUGUGUUUUCCCUCCUCCAGAACUACAGAUCUCACAGUGGUCUCCUAAUGCUUCCAUCUGCUCUCUUCUACAAGUCCACGCUGCAGUGCAACGUUGCAGAUGCCAAAGCACAUCCAUUAGCUCCGUUCCCACUUGUGUUUGUCUGCUCCAGUAUUGAGGACACAGACACAGCUAAUGCGAUUGGUACAGAUGAGAAAGAAGCAGACACAUUGGUGAAGUCAGUUACGAAGUAUGUUUACAAUUCUUGGCCAGAGGAGUGGGGUGAAAGGUACGAUUCCACAGGAACAGUGUGCAUCAUGACACCAUCUGCAACUCAGAGAAACCUAAUUGCAAGGAAGCUACGUGCAGAAGUUGGAGAAAGAGAUAAGGUUGUAGAUGUGAUGAAAACAUAUGAAAUUCAAGGUUGUGAAUUUACAGCAGUUUUCCUGGGCACAUGUGAAACAACAGACGAAAGAGGAAUUCCAAACAACACGACUAAAACUAUUAUAAAUCGCUAUGUGUUCAAUACAGCUCUAACCAGGGCCAAGUAUUUAGUUGUUGCUGUGGGAAAUCCUCUACAAAUUCUUCGUAAAGAGAAAAGAAUGCAUGAAAUUGAUCCAAGCAAUCAUAGUUUCAUGUGCUGGAAAGAAUUCAUAAAACGUUGCGUUGAAUGCAAGUCUUUCUACCUACCAAAUGAUGUUCAAGCAGAUGAAAGGACACAUUUUUCAGAGGUCCUACAUCAGCAAGUGUUUUCAGGGAACGAAACACUUUGUUUGGAUAAUAUUUUACACGGAGAUAAUGACAGCAUUUUAAAUGCAUAUAAAAAGAAGUUUCAAAUGAUUCCAGAGUGUCGGAGAUCAAAGCUAAAACUUUCUACAGUCAAAAGUAGGUUAGCCUGGCGAAUUAAUGAGUCUACAGUGCCUCUGCAAGGCAACAAAGAUGAUGACGAUGAAGAUAAGGGUGCAACUAAUGUGUACAAUUGUAGGCUCAACAUGAUGUAUUUUUCAAAGGCUGAGGCUAUUCCCUUGGACCCAACUAAGAACGUCGUACACAUUCGAGGAAAAGGCAAUAUAAGGGGUGCAUUCCAUAAUGAUAUUGUAGAGGUUUCUACCUUCAAUGACCUUCAGUACCCAGAUAACAAAGGCAGGGUCUUAAGGGUAGUAAAAAGAUGCCACAAACAAACAAUAUUGUGCAGAGCACACCUCUACAAUCCAACCCUCUUUUACCCCCUGGAUAAAAAGUACCCACUCUUUUUUAAUCUUCCAAAAUUGUCCAGAGACCUUCUUGAAAAGAAGGAUAAGAAUAUGAUUGAUUUGGAGCUUCAAUCAAAAGAUGUAGUAGUCUUUAAGCCUUCCUCUCUCACUGAAGGUAACAUACCAGAGAUAGAAAAUGUUAUUCCCUUUUCACUUGCACAAGACAUGGUUUUUGUUAUCAGAAUACUUCAAUGGAACCCAAAAUAUCGGCUCCCUCUUGGAGCUGUUAUUCAUGCAGUGCCAAAAGGCUGCUCGGCAUUUCAUGCUGAAAGACUACUAAUGAUUGAACACAAUGUGCAAUAUGAGGAUGAAACAGAAAGCUCAGAAACCGAAUCACAAUUUGAAUCAAAAGGACUGGUUGGCCCUGUAUGUAGCAGCAUAGACACCAGGGCAUUUACCAUUGACCCUGAAGAUGCUAUAAAUCUUGAUGAUGCAAUUUCUCUUUGGAAGAAACCUGAUUCAUACUGUUUAGCUGUUCACAUAGUGAAUACAACCAAAGCAAUUACAUUAAAUGAUGAAAUAGACAGAAGAGCAGCAUCAAAAGGGCAAUCUAUUUACGGUGGGAAAAAAGUAAUGAAUAUUAUCCCUUUGAAAAAACGGGCGAAACUAUCACUCAAUCCGAAUCAAAUCUGCGAAGUAAUUACUGUAUCAGCAAAUGUGAUCAUUACAGAAUGUGCAGUGGAGAUCAAAGAUCCACAGCUCAAAGAAUCAAAAGUCAGGUCUUGUGUCAAGUUAUCUUACCCAACAGCUCAGGCAAUAAUGGGCGGGAGAGAAUACCCAAGUGAUCUUUCCCAGUCUGUAGAAGAAUAUGACAGUAUUAAUGAUCAGCCAAAUCUCAAGAAAACUUUACAAAUUCUGUUCCAAAUUGCAAUGAAACUGAGAAGAGACAGGCUAGGUGAUUCAGCUGCACAGAGUUAUGAAAUGGAUGAUGGGAAAGAACGGCAAUGCUGGCAGACGCACCUCUUGGUAGAGGAAAUGAUGAUAUGGGCAAACAGACAUGUAGCUGAAAAAUAUCUCUCUGGUCUACCUCAUUGUGCACUACUUAGAAGGCAAGCUCCCACCUAAUGCUGAAAAGUUUGAAGCAGCUCGCUAGUGCCCACUGCAAUGUUGCUCAAUAUUCGCAAUCUAUCUCAAAAUAUUUCCAGCAUUUACCACCGACAACCAAGGAGUCUCGUGAUACCUCUGAGUACUUUGCAUGCUCUCCAACACGCUCUCAAAGAAGGAAAUGAAAUUGUCCUGCUCAAUAUUCUUACUGAUGACUCCGGCUUUCCACAGCUUAUGCUUCAUCUACGCGCUUUAGGCAAAUACAACAAAGGCUGAGUAUAUAGCAACCUCCAGUGACACAGAAAGAGAAUCUUAUCUACAUAAUGGCCUUUGCCUGCCCCGUUUAUACUCAUUUUACAUCACCAUUAAGAAGAUAUGCAGAUAUUAUUGUUCAAGAAUGCUAAGAUCAUUUUUAAUUAGUCAAUCAUGUGGAUACAGCCACAAAGAAGUGGAGUUUCUGUGCCAUAUUCUGAAUGGUGCAGCUCAAAAUGCCAAGAGUUUUGAGAAAAAGAUGAAGGCUCUUAAGCUAGCAGAUGAGUAUACUCAGUCUAGUCAGCAAUAUGAAGCUGUAGUCGCAAGUAAUAUAAAGUAGAGAUUGAAAUGUCAUUCUUAAACAAGGAAUUGAAAGUAUUACCUGUGAAGAUAAGCGCUUUAAGUCCGCAACUUGCAAUGUAGAACAAUAGAAUCAAGUCUUCACCUGUACUCAUGGAACGUUACUUUGAUCUCUUUUGAUGAAACUCUUCGUUCCCAUAUGAUUAUGAAGGCAUAUCAUUCAAUGUUGGGGAGGCAGUCCCUCACGAUUGGACAGCUGCCUACAGUGUACCAUUUUCAACUAUGACAUUCUUCAAAACAAUCAGAGAAACCUGAUAUGUUGCAGGAAAUGACACACAAUGUGAAGAUUUCGCCUACAGCAACAGAAUGUCUCCUGCUAAAUGGAAGCAAGUAAAGGAGUUUAUACAGCACCCUGGUAAAGAGAACUUGGCACAAAUGCAAGUUAUCCUGGGUGCAUUAGAGGUUAAAAGUUCCAAACAAGCAAGUCCUUUUUCAAACCAGGAAGAUUCACCAGUUGUAAAAAAGUACAAUAACCUGUCGAAUGGAUCUAUAUGACUUGAUAAAGGUGUGGAUGACUUGGUCUACACGUGAAGGUACUCUUUCUCCUGCAUUGCAAAUGAUAGAAAUAACACCAUUUUAUCGUAUUUGCUUGCAACAUAACGCCCAUCCAGCUGAAUGUUUUUCAGACUCACACCUCACUAAUGCUUCAAAAGAGUCCUAUGUUGAUUUACAUGAGUAUGUGAGCCUGUGGGAAAAGGUGCUGUUAGCAGAAGCUGCUCAACGAAGUGUCAGAGAUAAUCAGACAGCAAUUAUCUAUGGUGCUAAGUUAGACUGGACGGAGGGUAAACUGACUAUUCCCAAAGAAAUUUGGUGCCAGUCACUAUGAACCAAAGGGGCCAGUCUACCUUAUUCUACCAUCUGCCAUUAUAGACCGGGCAAAGCCAUUCUUUAAGAUUGGGGUAGGGGAUAUGGUAUGUGUCCGUUAUGGCACUAGAAGAAAUUCGAACAUUCAUGCAGUUUUUCACUUUGUGAUAACUGACAUUGAAAAAGAAGAUGAAGGAGAGAGAGAGAGCUCGUUUACAAAGUUGCGGCAGCGAAAAUGUUCUAGUAUCAGAGAAAAUUAAGCCGUAUGUCGAGAAAGAAGAAUGUGAAGUACAAAUCAUUUACAUGAGUAAAUCCUACAGACGAGUAUACAAAGUGCUUUUAAGUUCUGAUAAACCCUAAAGCACAAGUAGUGAGCUGCUGAAGGUAGUUGCAAAAGGAAAGGAGGAUAGCAGACUCAAAAAAGUACCAAAGACACAAGUUGUGAAUUGUGAGCAUAUAGACCAUAAUCCCAAGAUAAGACGUUUUAUGGUCAAGUCAGAAGCUUCUAAAUCAUAAUCAAUGGAAAUGCACUGAAGCGGUCGCUUACUCAAAGAUUUCUACUGAUUCAAGGUCCACCAGGCACAGGAAAAAGUGAGACAGGUGCACAUAUCGCCUAUGCUCUGGCAUGAGCAACAGGGAUCGGGGUUUUAAUGAGUGUGUAAUUUACAGUGCUCCUACCAACAAAGCUGUCGAUGUUGUUUUGAGAACACUGGAUUGCCUUUCGAAGGAAAUAAAUAUACUGAGAGUUUAUGGAAAAGCUGUGGAGCGUAUAGAUUUUCCAGGACCUUACUGCAAUAAUGAAGCUUUUGAUGCCUCAGAAUCAGGUUACCACUGCCCUGAAUGGGCCCAACAAUAUGCUCUUCAUUGGAAAAUCCGUCAUCUUCAGCAUGAAGAAUCAAUUGAACUGCAACAAAUGGAGAAAAUGUUUUCGGACGAGUACAAGCAGGGUCAUAUUGCUGUGCAGUAAUGUACAGCAAAUGGAAAAAACUUACUGAAAAUUUAGAGACAAUGGUGAUGUAUGCGCGCUUUGAUAUUGUUCUGUGCACGUGCAAUGAAGCUGCCAGUGGCAGAAUUGGACAAGGCCUUAUUAGACAGGGUCCACAAACCAGUAGAGAAAAAAAGACAAGGGUUCUGCAGUGUAUUGUUGAUGAAAGUGGAAUGGCAUAUGAACCAGAAACUAUUGUACCAAUGAGAUUAUGUGAACACGUCAUUUUACUUGGUGACCAUCAGCAACUCCAGCCAGUCAUUGAGUAUAAGCCUGCCAGAGAAAACGGGCUAAGUACAUCAUUGUUUGAAAGAUAUGCAAAGUCAAGGAAAACGGAACUUCUCACAAUCCAGUACCGCAUGGUAAGGGGUUUAAGGUAGAGAAAAGCUAUUUUAAAAGUGUACCUAGGGCAAGUUUGACCAAUUUUAAUAAUGUAGUAAGGUCAGAAAGAGAAGCUUCUUGUAUAGAAAUUCUGAUGGUUCAUAAGGUCAACAUGGGUGGAAGGGGUGCACAGUUUGUACCAGACAGUUUUAGCUUUCAACUUCCAGUCAUUGUAUUGUUUGCCUCAUUGCAUAUAUACCGCUUUGUGGUGCAACACAGCAUGAGACGUUUUGUAAACCAGCCUCAGUCAUUCCUCUCCUACCUUGCAGCUAAACCAGUUUAAUAUUUUAUCACCAGUAUUAUUACUAUCUCCAUAACUUGUUCUGUGAGUCUGUAGAAGCCAACUCUUGUUCCAUUCCAGCAUGAAGAAAUAUGCAGGUUUCCAUCGAUUCACUUUUAUGAGGGUAAACUUAUAACUGAUGCAUCAGUGAAGCAGCGCAGUAACCAUGAGACGAAACUAAGCAUCUGGCCAAAUGGUUUCAAACAUGCCUAUCAUGUUUUGUGACCUUGUGGGAAAAGAGUCACUAGAUGGACUAUCCACAUCAAACCCUGAUGAAGCAGUGAAAGCAGUACAAAUAGUGCAAGUCCUGACAGAGGUGUACAACGUAAAGCUGACUGAGAUAGCACUAAUAACCCCUUAUAAAGCUCAGAAGAAGUGUUUAACACGAACUAGCAAACAAUGCUGGGCUAAGUAGUCGGCCACUCAUCACCAUAACUGAGAGCCAAGGUGAUGAGUAUGGCAUGUGAUACCUGUCCUACUGUUCGCUCUCAACCUCUCCCUGAGAUCAGUAAUGAAGACUACGUACAACCUGACCGUUCUUGGCUGCUGGAGAACCUAGGGUUUCUAACAGACACAACAUGAAAUGAAUGUAGGAAUUACACGAAGCAAGUAUGGGUUGAUUAUCAUUGCGCACCACAGACACCUCCUCGCCCUCUACACUCUGAUCGAAACUCGGGCGCAUGCCACACUCAUCUGCUCCUAUCGCAACCGAACUGCAAAUCGCUGUAACUCGCUGGCUCGUCGCUUUCCUCCACUCGUAGCAGCGCGAUCUCUCCAGCACGCCAGAUCAGGUUCACUGUCUCAGUCUCACCCAUUCACCCCGUCACGAAUUCUCUACAGCCUUAUCGCUAUUCUUAAUUUUUAUCCACACACCAACUCCUGCUAUCACUUCCGUCUGUACACUUUACACUCUCCCUUUGUUGUAGCUUGAAGUUUCACAUCAUACACUAUAGUUUUUGUG